AUGGCUUCGAGACGGCGGAAAAAAGAUGAGGAUGUGGCCGAAGUAUGGGGUUCUGCAGCUGCAGAUCUAGAACGAGCACUGACCAAGGUUCGACGCGGGGAGCGGAUUGUGAGGCUUUUUCAGACUGGGCCUGGUCAGGGCACUGGUGAUAGUGGAGCUGCUGACUUGGCAAAGGCCUUGGUGGACUGUCAUGGGCAGCCCAAAGGCAACGGUUUGGUGGCUCUCAGGCUGCGAGGACACCAGGUGGGAGACGAUGGUGCCACUCACAUAGCAAACGCUCUGGAAGUAGCUGCAAGUGAAAAGAUGCACACAAUUGAUGUCAGUGGCAACAGGAUCUCUGAUUUCGGAAUGAUUCAGUUGAGCAAGGCCUUGCUGAUGGCGAGCAAAAUGCGGAUCCUGGAUCUUUCAGGGAACAAAUUCGGGGACCAGGCAACCGAAGAGUUGGCAAAGGCAUUGCCCCCGAAUUUGGAGGAGCUUGACUUGACAGGCAAUCAGAUUGGGCCUGACGGAAUCAAAGCUUUGGCCUCUGUGGCCACAGGAGCUCUCCAUUGGUGA